CGCCCCCAGCAGCCUCUGCCGCGCUGUCUGCGACUGCUGGUUUUCAAACAUGGACCUUGGAUUGCCGAGCUUCACCGUCACCCUCAAGGCGGCUGAUGAAGACGAUCCUCAGCUGCUUAUAACCUGCAGCAAGGACGGCGUAGCCGAGUCGCCCUGCAAGCGAACCUUUUCAGAAUUCGAGCGGCUCCAUGCUCAUUUGUCGGCAACGUAUCCAGACUCAAUUGUGCCGGCGUUACCCCGAAGGGUGACCCAACUCCAGAUCACCGAGAUCCGCCUGGGCGAGUUCCUAAACAGCGUCUUUGGGAACGAGCGGCUUCGAAGAUCGGAGGUGCUUGGACUAUUUCUUGAUCGAACCCAGUUUGCGUUUGCCCCUCCAGCUCCAGUUGCGAGACGAAAUCAGUCCAGUCUCUUUUCCGGGCUGAUGCCGAACCCACAAACAAAGGAAAUCGACUCCUUCUUUGUCAGUGCUGCGGCAGAAACUACAUACUUUCAAAGCCAAUGCGGCCGUUGGGGAAAGUUAGACGAGCAACUUUCAUGCCUUGUUCAGGAGAAUGGUCGACUAUCAAUGGAUUUUGGAACAAAGCUCGGUCAAUUCAUGGAAACAGCCAGUGAUCGGUUACCGGGAUCCCUUUGGAAGAUUGCGAAGAUGCUCCAAAAAGCAGAUGAUGUUGAGUGCGAGUUUUAUCGACAGCACGGCGAGACCUGGCUGUACUAUCAACGAAAAGCACAGGCAGUCAACUCUGUUUUGAGCCAUCGCAUGCAGGUACUUGGAGCCUACGAAAUGUGCUGCAAAAUCACCCAGAAGAAGAUUCUGGCCAUGGAGAAGCUCAAGUCCUCCACAAGUAUACGGGCUGAGAAAGUCGAUAUGGCUCUGUCUGAACUAUCGGAGGCCAAGAAAAUCGAAGCCGAGGCUCGUGAUUCGCUCAAGACGGUAUCUCAGCAGCUCCGACAAGACUUUACCGCACACACCGAGAGUUGGGAUCGCAUCAUGAACGAGCAUAUCGGGCGACUGGCGCAGAAAUGUCUGGAGUAUGCCCGGUACCAGACUGCAACGGUCGGAUGCAUUCUCGACGAGCUCAACCACGGCCCACUUAUAGCUUGAAGUGAUCCAAAAUACCAUAGCCCCCAUGCUGUGGGUUAGCUUAGCGUGCAUGCCGCAUACCACGCCGGACAUGCAGAGAAGCUCAGGAUAACUUGCCUCUGGACACGCCGAAGACAAAGUGGCGAUCCUCACCAAUCCCUCUCAACGAUUUGGCGCACAAGCCAGUCACAAGGACUUAGCCACAAAAUGGGUUGAAUACAGUAUAUUCACAAGAAA